AUGUCUCUCGCCGGAGCGCCGCCGCAUCCCUCGGCGGCCGACUCCUCCCCUUGGGAGUGCAUGCUCCCGGGGCCGCCGUCCCGCAAUAAUUUCGGCUCCGUCGACAUUUCCGCCUCCGGCCUCCUCGCUUUCCCUUCUGGAUCUUCAGUCUCCGUCGUUGACUCCCGCUCCCUCCAGCACAUCUCCACCAUCCCGCUCCCCGCUCCUUCUUCCCCUUCCUCUUCCCCCUCCGCCGCUCUCUCCCCGUUCGUCACCGCCGUCCGCUGGACUCCCCUCCCCCUCAGCCGCGACCUCCUCGUCACCGAGCCUUCCUCCUCCCACCUGAUCCUCGCCGUCGGGGACCGGCACGGCCGGAUCGCGCUCGUGGACUUCCGCCACAGAUCCGUCGUCCUCUGGCUCGAAUCCGAUUCCAGCUCCAAGUGCGGAAUUCAGGACCUCUGCUGGAUCCUCUUCCGCACCGACGCCUACAUCCUCGCCGCCAUCUCCGGUCCUUCAUCGCUCUCCCUCUACAACACCAGCACGGGACACUGCUUCUUCAAGUACGACGCCACUCCGGAGUUCCUCUCCUGCAUCCGCCGCGAUCCGUUUGAUCCCCGGCAUUUCUGCGUGAUUGGACUCAAGGGGUUUCUGCUCUCCAUCCUAGUUGUUGGAGAAGCGGAGGACGAGGUUGUGGUGAAGGAGCUACGGAUUCCUACGGACUGCACGGAGUUUGUGAAGCUCGAGAAGGAUGCUGCCGGUGCUGGAUCUUCCUCCUCCUCCUCAGCGCCUGCGGCGGCCGCCUUCCCGCUGUACUCCGUGAAGUUGACGUUCUCGCCGCAGUGCAGGCACAUUCUGUUUGUGACGUUCCCUAGAGAGCUGGUGGUUUUCGAUUUGCAGUAUGAGACUGCGCUUUCCAGUGCUUCCCUGCCGAGAGGGUGCUCCAAGUUUCUGGAUGUGUUGACGGAUCCAAAUAGUGAGUUCUUGUACUGUGCGCACCUGGAUGGGAAGCUCAGCAUCUGGCGGCGAAAAGAAGGAGAGCAGGUGCACAUAUGUUGUGCAACGGAAGAAUUACUGCCUUCAAUUGGCACUUCCGUUCCAUCCCCGUCAUUACUUGCUGUAACCAUCUGUCAAUCAGAUUCAAUGCUCCAGAAUGUUGCCAAGUUAUAUCGGGAUGCGCCUAACACUCCUCAGACCAAGGAUUUCGACAAUCCUUUUGAUUUCUAUGACGAUGCUCAACUUCUUUCUAAGACACACAUGAUUUCAAUUUCUGAUGAUGGCAAAGUGUGGAAUUGGCUUCUGACUGCUGAAGAAAUAGAAAAGGAUGUUGAGGUUAUCCCAUACACAGGAGAGGAUUCUGAUGCUAUAGCUUCCACUGAUGGUAUCAACCUGGAAAGAAACAAACAGCAGGAGAAUUUGAGUGGCAAUAAAGGUCGAUCAUCAUCUGUUGCCAGUGAGGAGAACACAACAUUCAAGGUAUGCUUGGUAGGGCAGUUGCAGCUCCUUUCUUCAACAUUAACAAUGCUGGCGGUGCCCUCUCCUUCUCUAACAGCUACUUUAGCUCGUGGGGGUAAUUAUCCUGCUGUAGCUGUUCCACUUGUUGCUUUAGGAACUCAGAGUGGAAUGAUUGACAUUGUUGAUGUCUCUGCUAAUGCUGUUGCGGCUAGUUUUUCUGUUCACACAAGCGCAGUUCGUGGCCUCCGAUGGCUUGGAAACUCUAGACUUGUUUCAUUUUCUUACAAUCAGGCUAAUGAAAAAGCUGGAGGUUAUGUCAAUAGGCUUAUCGUGACCUGCGUUAGAAGUGGCCUUAACAGACCAUUUCGAGUUUUACACAAGCCAGAGCGAGCACCAAUUAGAGCCUUAAGGGCUUCCUCAUCAGGAAGGUACCUCCUUAUUUUGUUUCGUGAUGCACCUGUGGAAGUUUGGGCAAUGACGAAAAGUCCCGUUAUGCUUAGAUCAUUAGCUCUUCCAUUCACGGUGUUGGAAUGGACCCUUCCAACCGUUCCAAAGCCAGUCCAGAAUGGUCCUUCUACGCCAAAAGCAAAGGAAGCUACACCUAGAGCAUCAGAUGGACCAUCGUCCCCAAAAGCGGUUUCAUCAGAAUCUACAGCUGCGAGCUCGGAUACAUCUCAAGAUGAAGCCACAGAAAGCUUUGCAUUUGCACUUGUGAAUGGAGCACUUGGAGUUUUUGAGGUUCACGGACGGAAGAUCCGAGAUUUUAGACCAAAAUGGCCUUCUUCUUCAUUUGUUUCAUCUGAUGGGCUAAUCACAGCAAUGGCCUACCGUUUGCCUCAUGUGGUAAUGGGGGACAGAACAGGGAACAUAAGGUGGUGGGAUGUAAUAACUGGGUCAUCUUCAUCGUUUAAUACUCACCGAGAGGGAAUUCGAAGGCUUAAGUUCUCUCCUGUAGUCCCUGGAGAUCAAAGCAGAGGCCGGAUAGCUGUGCUUUUCUAUGAUAAUACAUUCUCUGUAUUUGAUCUUGAUUCACCAGACCCGUUAGCUAAUUCCCUUCUACAGCCCCAGUUUCCUGGAACUCUUGUGUUGGAACUGGAUUGGUUGCCCCUGAGAACUAAUAAACAUGACCCUCUGGUAUUGUGUAUUGCUGGAGCUGAUGGUAGCUUUCGCCUUCUUGAAGUUAAUGUGCAAGAUAAAAGACAUGGCUAUAGACCUCAGCAUCAGACAAUUAAAGAGAGAUUCCGCCCUGUUCCCAUUUGCUCUCCCAUACUACUACCUACUCCCCAUGCGCUGGCUUUGCGUAUGAUCUUGCAAUUGGGUGUGAAGCCUUCAUGGUUUAAUACUUGUAGCACAGCCAUUGAUAAGAGGCCACACUCAAUUCCUGGGGCUUCUUCAUCAGCAGGGGAUUUACGUAGGUACAUGAUCGAUCUACCAGCUAUUGGUGAUUCUGUGGUGCCAGAAAUGCUCCUUAAAGUCUUAGAACCAUAUCGGAAAGAAGGCUCCAUACUUGAUGAUGAAGUAGCAAAACUCUAUGCAACUGUCGUCAAUAAAGGUUCUGCUGUAAGGCUUGCAUUUGCGGCUGCUAUUUUUGGUGAAGUCUCAGAAGCACUCUUCUGGUUGCAAUUGCCUCGUGCUGUGAAGCAUUUGAUGAGUAAAUUAGUUAGUAAGUCACCGCUGAAACCUGCAAUGUCGGCAACAAUGGCAGAGCUAGAUGGUGCAGUAAUGUUGACCAGAAUUGCGUCGAGGGAAAAGUCAAUGCCUACUAUGGGGAAAACAGACUUGACGAGUCAGGGUCAACUCAGAUUGAUGGCUUUUCAGCAAGAAGAGUUGUGGGAGAGUGCUAACGAGCGUAUUCCAUGGCACGAGAAACUGGAGGGAGAAGCAGCCAUCCAGAAUCAAGUGCACGAGCUUGUGACAGUUGGGAAUUUAGAAGCAGCAGUUAGUUUGUUGCUUUCCACUCCUCCAGAGAGCAACUACUUCUACCCGAAUGCUCUACGUGCAGUGGCUCUUUCUUCUGCCGUGUCUAAGUCUCUCCUCGAACUUGCUGUAAAGGUUGUUGCGGCCAACAUGGUCAGGACUGACAGAUCACUCUCUGGCACUCAUCUACUUUGUGCUGUUGGAAGGCAUCAAGAAGCAUGUUCACAGCUGCAAGAUGCUGGGUGCUGGACCGAUGCUGCAACUCUUGCAGCUACACAUUUGAAAGGAUCAGAUUACGCAAGGGUGCUGCAGAGGUGGGCAGGCCAUCUCCUUCACACGGAGCAUAAUGUUUGGAGGGGGCUUAUAUUAUACGUUGCUGCUGGUGCAUUGCCCGAGGCCUUGGCAGCACUCCGCGAGGCCCACCAGCCCGAUACAGCUGCCAUGUUCAUGCUCGCCUGCCGUGAAAUCCACUCCGAAAUCCUCUCGAAUGCAGAGGACGAACUAGGUGGUUCGUCGGCCAAGGAUCCACCUCCUAACUUGCCCGGUCUGGAACCGGAGAACGAGGAUGUUUUGGUCGUCGGUGAAUACUUCGGACAGUACCAGAGGAAGCUGGUGCAUCUCUGUAUGGAUUCUCAGCCAUGUUACGACUAA